AUGGACAAGCUACCAAUCCACUCCAAGGAGGGAUAUGGAGGAAUUCCAGAACCAGCAAACAAAUCUCACACGCGUCCUAGCACAACCACAUAUUUGUGGCGAACCGGUAUCGCCGCGUUGUUCCUCGUCGGCUACUACGUCUUGCUGUUAAAGCCAGCUUCACGAUGUGGCAGCAUAGCUCCACAGACUGAGGGCUAUCAAACUGAGGUUGCAGUGGAGUAUAAUGAUAUGAAUCUGGGUCAUCUUGCCUUUGAUGCACCUAAGAUAUUUGAGCAAACCAAGAUACCGCUUGAAGCUCACAUCAUGAGCAAGUGCCCUGAUGCCCAGGCCUGCUUACAGAAAUUGGUUUUGCCUGCCAUGGAAAAGAUCAGUGACAAAGUGGACUUCAAAUUAUCCUUCAUUGCCAGUGUUUCUAAACAUACCGAAGAGAUAGAGUGCAAGCAUGGCCCCGGUGAAUGUAUCGGUGACAUGCUUAUGCUCUGUGCGGCCAACCUCCCUUUCCCUCCCGCUGCAGAUGAAGCCCUUCUCCCAUCUCAGUAUCCCCGAACCCCAAUUAUCCGGUCACUAGGAUUCUCAAAUUGUCUGCUCAAUGACUUUGCCCGGAUACCAGACCGCGAGUUUGUCCAUCAGUGCGCAAUGGAACAUGGAAUUGACUUUGACGCUCUGAAUCAGUGUGUGAGUCAGCAGAACGAUGACCCCGAUGAUGGUAAAGAUGGCAAACCACCACUCAGUGGCGUUGCCCUGCUGCGUGAAAGCGCUACAAAGGGUGAAAAACUCGGUAUCACAACAAGUUGUACGGUGCGUCUAGAUGAUGCUGUCUGGUGCAUCCGUGAUAGCGAUGAAUGGAAAGAUUGCGCCCAGAAUGGCCAAGGAAGCGAACCCUCGACCCUAGUUGACCAGGUCGAGAAGCUCUGGAAAGAGAGAAACUGA